UUUCAUACAUAUAAAUAAAUUAUUUAAAAAACUAAUCAUUAAAUUAGAAUAUUCUUUUUUAUUAUUAGUAAUUGUCAAAAACAUUAAAAAAUUGAAAAGCUAAACUUCGGGAAUUAGUUUUUAUGGUUCCCUUUAGAAGAGCACGUUACGUACACUUGCAACAAAAGCAACAGGUAGAGUACAGUUGUCGUCGUCCUUCUCCCCACCGGGCGUGAGGGCCCCACACUUGUUCGCCGUCCCUUCUCCGUCCCAAAGAGUGCAUCCCGUCGCGAAGAAUCGCACGAUUUCCAUUCAGUUCAUUCGGUGUCGUUGGUCGGUGCGUGUGGCUGCUUUAUACCGCUUUCAACAUCUUCUCCCUCUCUGGUUUUCGUUGCCGCGUACGUUGUUUGGUUUCGGCUAGUGAUCUGGGGAUUCCGAUCUCCACAUCGUUGCAUCCAGAGGAUUAUUUUAUAGAUGAUUUGAUCCUUCACCCUUCAAAAUGGUUUACGAUUGUGGUUCGUGUUUAGCAAAAUAUAUAUUGUGCGGCUUCAACUUCCUGAUAUUUCUGGCCGGUUCGUUGGUCCUUGCUAUUGGUACAUGGCUGGCAGUCGACAAGAGCUCAUUCAUUGGAUUGAGCAAGAUUGUUCCGAGUGAAGACAUUCAGCAAUUUACUCAGCCUGGCGUAAUAGAACAAGUCUCCUAUGUGAUGAUCGCAAUUGGUGGAUUUAUGUUCAUCGUCAGUUUCCUGGGAUACUGCGGAGCCUUGAGGGAGAGUCAAUGCAUGUUGACCACGUAUGGUAUUUUACUCCUGGUCAUCUUGAUCCUGGAAAUUACGGCUGCUGGAUUGGCUAUCGGCUACAAAUCUAAGGCUGAAGAGGAGACCAAAAAUCUUCUGAAGACGACAAUCAGCAAAUACUACACGGGAUCCGAGAGUGGCAAUGCAGUUACUUUAUCCUGGGACCAUCUACAGGCCGGGUUGCAAUGUUGUGGAGUCGAUGAUUACACGGAUUAUCAGAAAAAUGAAAUAUUUGCCAGGGAAGGCAAAGUAAUUCCUGAGUCUUGCUGCGUUCUAGAAGGAGAUCCGCUCAAGUUCAAGCCGUUGGCCUCUACUUGCACAACCUCACCAAAUGAUGUCAAUUCGUAUUAUAAAAAGGGUUGUUUCCAGACUGUAGUAAAUUUGAUCAUGUCAAAUCUCAAUAUCGUUAUCUUCACUUGCGUCGGUCUGGGAUUGAUAGAGAUCAUUGGAAUAUUCUUCGCAUUUUGCCUAACAAAAUCGAUUAAUGGUCCUAAGUAGAUAAGUUAUUCGAUGUUCGAACAAAACAGUUAUUCUAGUCGUGUUUAGAGUAAGGUACAAUAUUUUGUAUAUACUGCUCACUUCAAAUACCAUACAUAUCUCAGUGUAUGCUCUAUAUUGAUCAUUAAAAUCUUUUUAAUGAUAUUUAACGAAUUUAAAAGUGAAUCGAAGAAUAAAAGACUUGGAAAGCGUUGCUUCAGUGAAGCAUCUGUAUGUUAUAAUUUGUUUAUCAAAAAAUAAAAUCUCCUUAGUUUAAUGUUUUGUUAACCACUAGAUUUUAUAUGUGUAUUUAUGUAAAUUUCGUUUAUUAAAUGUUGACUAGACAUAAUAUAAAGUUUAAAUCACAGUAUUAUUAAGUAAGAAAUUUAAAGAAUGUGCCUUUAUAUAAUUGACAAUAUUAUACAAGUUGCUUUUCAUGUUUUGUAUAACUUCAAAUAACUUUUGAAUAAUAUUGUUAAUAGGCCAGUACCAAUUUCCAGCACCUUGAUAUUUUACACAUUUUUGCAAUAAACUUUUAUACGUUAA